CUCGUAUCACAGCGUAAACAAUAACUUUGAGAACAUUUCGAUUUUAGAAUUAUUAAACAAAUGAUGACAAGUGCAAGUGAAGAUGAUGCACAAAAACCCGACGAAGGUGAAGAGGAAGCUUUAAAUAAUAACAUAGUACAUAAAGAAAAACAUACAGAUGACGUCCAAAAGGAUAAAGAAGUACAAAUAAUUACAAAUAAGUUUAAAAGGAGAUUUGAAAAUUCAUUUACAAAUAUAUUUUUUCUAGUUUGUAUAACUGGGAUCUCGUUAGGCAUACUGUUAGAGAUUGUCAACGUUGUCAGACGAAAUCAAAAACCCGAAGUCGAAAUUGUAACAGAAAUUGCAAGCAGUAGCCUAAAUCCAAAAUAUUGGAUGUACCCAAACACUAAGGCAGUAAAUAGCAGAGAUGAUUUUCUUAAACACGUGCAUGUGGUCCUUGAAAGAGUGGGAUACGAGAAAAGUACAAAUGAAACGCCCUGGGACCUGUUAUGGUCGUAUCCCAACCCAUUUACUGACAUCAAUUUAAAAAAAUUAAGUGGCAAUCAGAAAGUAAACCAUUUCCCGGGCACAGGGUUCAUCACCUGUAAAGUCGAAUUGGCAACAUCUCAAUCAGAUUUUAUACCAAAAGCUUUCAGAUUACCAAAAGACAAAAAUGACUUCUUGAAGUACGCUGAGAAUAACAAAGACGCAUUAUUUGUACAAAAACAUAACAAUCAUAGAAAUGUACAUUUAAAAAACGUGACUGAAAUAGAUUUGUCUAACAACAAGACUUUUGUUCAAGAAUUUAUUCAAAGACCAUUCUUAGUGGACGGACAUAAGUUCGAUAUUGGCGUGUAUGUGGUGCUGGAGUCUGUGAAUCCUCUCAGAGUUUAUUGGUACAAGGGCGACAUACUAUUCAGAUUCUGUCCGACAAAGUACUACCCAUUUGAUCCAAGUAAUGUGGAUAAGUAUGUGAUAGGUGACGACUAUUUGCCUACUUGGGAGGUGCCCUCUCUGGCACACCCCUACACCGCACUAGGCAAUACUAUGAAGGAAACCUUCGACAUCUAUGCCAGAUCUGUGGGUAAAGAUACUACCAAAAUGUGGCAGGAUGUCCAGGCAGCUAUAACCGAGAUAUUCAUUAUGAAAGAAUCGAUCAUCGAUGACAAGUUCAAGGCAUACUCGUCGCCAGAAAACUUCUUCGAAAUGAUGAGGUUCGACUUGAUCGUCGAUGAAAAUUUAAAAGUGUAUCUACUUGAGGCCAACAUGGGACCAAACCUAAGUUCUAAACAUUUUCCACCAAACCAGCUUCUGUAUGAACAAGUGUUGUAUAAUUUGUUCUCGCUAACUGGUGUCGCACAGGCGAAGGUCGCUGUUAAUGCUGCUGACAAAGGUGAAACAAAAGCUGCAGAAGACAUGGUAUCAGCUGAGAAGAACAUAGCGGUAUAUGGAGACGAGUGCAGGACUCUCUGUAAAGACAGCUGUGAAGUUUCGGAUCUGUGUCGUCUAUGCAAGCCGUGCCUUACAGUCAAGCUGAAGAAGACCUUGUUGGCUGCAUACAGAGAAUUCUUACAUAGGGGAGACUUCAGAAGGCUUAUUCCACCGCCUAUGGUCCCCAAUCAGGACAUAAAAGCCGUAUUAGAGGAAGUCAAAGAUCUGUCAUUGAACAAUAAACUUCUACACUUGUGGUACCAGGGGAAGUGUAACCAAGACUUGACCUGGUGCUUGUAAUAAAAAUAUAUAUUAAAUCUACUUAAGUUAUUUAAACUUUGUGUUAUUAUUACUAUCCUAUUCAGUGGCAUAGCGUAUCUUGACGGGGCCCCAUAUAAAAAUUUGUUUGGGAGUCUUUAUGAAAGGUAAAAAAUUCUCAGAAGAGAUUUUUUUUUACAUAAUAUCUAUACUAAUAAUUUGUGUUAAAGCCGGAAACUUUCUAAGUCAUUUCCUCUGCCCGAAUUGUCGGAAAAUGAUUACUUUAGUUUUUCUAAAGUUUCUACCAACCUUUGAACGCAUGCAUUUUGUGAUUACUGAAAUAAAAUAUAAAUUGAGAAGUUUUAUAUUUUUGUUUACACCCAUUGGAGGCCCCGAUAGUCCGGGGGCCCCAUAUAAUUGAUACGGCAGAUACGGCGCUAGCUUUUUUUUAAGGGGGGAAAAUC